AUGCCUGUCAUCCCUGAUCCAGCAGACUUCCCCUCGGUUGCGCAGAAAGGAGAUAAAGAAACUCAGCACAAAUCAGAAGAUCAAAAAGCCACAGCCUUUGACCAUAUUUCCAAGGGUCCUGUCAUUCCCAAAGAUAUGCCACCUGUAGCCUCACACGAGGAAAUCGAGGCCCGGAAGAAGGAGUUGAACAAGACGAAGAAAGAUUGA